GGCAGGCAACAAGGAUUCAUAGGGAUGAAUGUCUAUGUUUAUUGGCCUGUCCCUUGCACAAAUGCAACAAAAGACGUGAUUGCAGCCCAAAGAACAAAUGAUUUUUUAAUUGGUUGGUUUAUGGAUCCCCUGGUAUUCGGAGACUAUCCUGACAUAAUGAAGAAGAACGCAGGGACAAGACUCCCUGCAUUUACAAAAAUUGAAUCAGAACAAGUGAAGGGUUCAUUUGAUUUCAUAGGAGUGAACCAUUACAGCACAGUUUAUAUUAAGGACAGAUCUAGCACCUUGAAAAUGGAUACCAGAGACUUCAAUGCAGACAUGGCUAUCGAGUUGAUCUAUCAGCAAGGUGAUGCAUCGACAGGUGAGCUGGCUGUUACACCCUCAGGUCUGCUACGGCUUUUGGAGUACUUCAAGCAACGUUAUGGAAACCCUCCUAUUUACAUCCAUGAAAAUGGUCAAAGAAUGUGGAGGAAUGCAACAUGUAAUGAUUCAGCAAGGGUGAAAUAUUUACGCGGUUUCCUUGGGAGUUUGCUUGAUGCUAUCAGGAAUGGGUCAAAUGCAAGAGGGUAUUUCUAUUGGUCGUUCAUAGAUUUACUUGAGUUAUUGGACGGCCUUGAAUCUUCAUAUGGCCUCUACUACGUAGAUUUGAAUGACAAGGAUUUGAAAAGAUACCCUAAACUCUCUGCACAUUGGUACUCCAAUUUUUUGAAAGGAAAGACCAUUGAUGGUGCCAUUGAAGUUGAGCAGAAGAUUAAUUGCAGUAGUACUCUUUCUCAGUCUCACUCUUCUCAGUAGCUUUGCUUUGCAAAACUGUAUGCCAGUUAGUUUAUUCAAAUAAAUGUUGCUAAUGUGUUGUAUUUGACAUAAUGAUUGUGAGAUACACAACAAAAACUGUUACAUUUUUCAUUUAUUUGUCAUCAGAUGAUUUUGUUUCUUAUGGAUUUUCAAUCUUGCUAGUGUUAUAUGUAAUUUUGGAGGAUUGGUUUGGUUGAAGUAA